GGCCAUAUAGAAGAAUUUGUUAAAAUAAAGUUUUGCGAAAGUGAAUAUAAUUUAGUAGUAAUUUUGGAUAUGUUAGUGGUGAACAAUAAUGGUAGCAGCAACAAUAAUAGUAGCAGUGAUG